UCCCCAGCAACCAGCUUGGUGAAUGUCAGAGACAUGGCUAGAGCUGUCACGCCCGAUAGUAAUCUAAGUAUGUGAACACCUUCGCUCGCCUACAUCUCGCCUGAGCAAACCCAACAUCCCGCAAUCCAGCGACAUUACGCGUUCAUCCUAUCCGCUCCGCUGUCAUUCCCUCGAAAUUCGCCAGUUAUAUCGUCAUAAUGGGGUUAAUUAGUAGCAUGGAAUAUUUUCGUGUUCCGCCGCGAUGGCUCUUCAUUAAGAUCACCGAUGACACUGGGGCAGUGGGAUGGGGAGAGGCAUCUUUAGAGGGACAUACACAAGCAGUGGAGGGCUGUUUGGACGCAUGGUUCGAGCGAUAUAAGGGACUGGAGGCUGAUGACAUCGAAAAUAUCUGGCAACUUUCAUGGCGCGGAGGUUUCUAUCGUGGCGGGCCAGUCUUCAUGAGUGCAUUGGCUGGAAUUGACAUUGCCCUUUGGGACUUGAAAGCUCGGAAGCUCGGAGUGCCUAUUCAUCAAUUACUGGGGGGCAAAGUAAGAAACAAGAUACGGGUGUAUGCGUGGAUUGGUGGUGAUAGGCCGGAUGAUGUUGUGGCUCAAGCACAAUCUCGCAAGGAACAAGGCUUCAACACUAUCAAGAUGAACGGUACAGCAGACACUGCAUGGCUAGAUUCGCCAUCGGUAGUCGAAGAGGUCGUCCAGAGGCUGAAGGCUGUCAAAGAACAAGGAUUGGAUGCUGCGGUCGAUUUUCAUGGUCGUGUGCAUAAACCUAUGGCAAAACGCCUGGCAAAGGCCCUUGAGCCACAUGCACCGUUGUUCAUCGAGGAACCCCUCCUAUCAGAGCAUGUGGGCUCUAUUGAACAAUUAUCGCGACUCACGACCAUUCCUAUCGCUCUUGGAGAACGGUUAUAUAGUCGUUGGGAUGCCAGACCUUUCCUAGAAAACGGAAGUGUGGACGUUUUGCAGCCUGACAUUUGCCAUGUUGGAGGCAUAUCUGAACUUAGACGGAUUGCAGCGAUGUGCGAGGUAUAUGACGUGGGAAUAGCACCUCAUUGCCCGUUGGGACCCAUUGCCUUAGCCGCAAAUGUACAGGUUGAUGCGACUACUCCAAAUUUUGCUAUCCAGGAGAUGGGAAUAGGCAUGCAUUACAACUCUACAGGUCAGGACAUAUCCAGCUACAUCAAGAAUCCUGAAAUCUGGAAGGUGCAAAAUGGACAUAUUGAUGUAGCAUCCGGCCCGGGUCUGGGCAUUGAAAUCGACGAGGUGCAGGUCAGGCAGCUGUCCGAAAAUUCAGUUCCGUGGCCUGUGCCUGAGUUUCGUGGUCCAUGUGGGGAGCUUAGGGAAUGGUGAGAUGCUGUCAUCUGAAGCUCAACGAUGAAGAUAGAAUAUCAGUUUCGUUCCGAGUAACGUUCUCAAUGCGUCCUGUAUUUUGUCGAAUAGAAUUGGACGCGAAAUUGCUAAGCAG